UCUUCACCGAUGAUGAUUUAAUCGCCAAUUUUGGUGGAUUUUUUCAAGCGGGUAUUUUCAUAAUUUUUGGGCGAUGUUUUUGAAAUGACAUUUUCCUUAGAUUUUGAAUGUUACAUAUCAUGGAUUCGGCCUGAGGCUAUUAUCCAUCGAAAAUUAAGUCUACUAAGAACCGAUUUGAGGGGUGUUAUUUCCGCUGCCAUUUUUGGUAGAUUCCAAAUGGGUAUUGUGACAUAUUUCAAGUGAUUUUUUAAAUGCCAUUUUCCUAGGAUUUUGAAGGCUACAGAAAACAUAUUUGCCUUGAGGCUAUUCUCCACCAAUGAUGUAGUAUAUUAGUCGCCAAUUUGGGCAGAUUUUUUUCAAGGAGACAUUUUAGUUAUUUUGGGCCACUUUAUCAAAAUGCCAUUUUCCUUGGAUUUUGAAGGCUACAAAUCACGGAUUCGGCCAGAAGCUAUACUCCAUCGAUUAUGAAGUCUAUUAAUCACCGAUUUAAGCAGAUUUUUUUCGGAGCCAUUUUUGGCAAAUUCCAAAGGGGUAGCAUCACAGAUUCCAAGCAUUUUUUUCUUCUUCGAAAGACCAUUUUAAUUGGACCUUGGAGGCUACCGAUCACAGAUUUGGUUUGAGCCUAUUUUCCAUUGAGGAUUAAGAUUUUUAAGCACUGAUUUAGGCAGAUUUUGUUCGGAUCCAUUUUUUGCAGAUUCUAGGCAAUUCUUUCGAAAAACAAUUUUCUUUGGAUUUUGAAGGCUACAGAUCACGAAUUCAGCCCGAGGCUAAACUCUGCCGAUGAUUAAGUCUAUUAAGCACCAGUUUGCGAGGAUUUUUUCGGGUCCAAUUUUGGCAGAUUUCAAAGGGUUACCAUGACAUAUAUUGUGCGUUUUUUCAAAAUACCAUUUACUUUCGAUUUGGAAGGCUACAAAUCACAGAUUCGGCCUGAGUCUAUUCACCAUCGAUGACUUAGUCUAUUAAUUGAAGGUUUGGGCGGAUUUUUUCUGAGACAUUUUUUGCCAGAUUCCAAAGGGGGUACCAUUAUAGAUUUCAGGCGAUUUCUGAAAGACCAUUUUCUUUGGAUUUUGAAGGAUACAUAUCAAGGAUUCGGCUUGAGGCUAUUCUCCACUGAUACUUAAGCCUAUUCAACACCGAUUUAGGUGGAUUUUUUUCAGGACCAUUUUUGGCUGAUUCCAAAGAGGUACCAUCACAAGUUUCAUGCGAUUUUUCGAAAGAUCAUUUUUUUUUAUUUCGAAGGCUACAUAUCACGGAUUCGGCUUGAGGUUAUUCUCCUCCAAUGAUUAAGUCUAUUAAUAUCAUAUUUGGACGGCUUUUUCCAGGGCCAUUUUUGGCAGAUUCCAAAUGGGUAUCCGGUAUCAUCACAGUUUUCGGGCAAUUUUUUCAAAAGACCAUUUCUUUGGAUUUUGAAGGCUAGAGAUCACGGAUUCAGCUUGAGGCUAUUCUCCACCGAUGAUUAAAUCUAUUAAGCACCGAUUUGGGAGGAUUUUUCCGAGUCCAUUUUGUCUGAUUCCAAAUGGGUACCAUUAUAGAUAUCAGAUGAUUUUUUUUUAUCAAAAUGCCAAUUUCUUUGUUUUGAAGGCUACAGAUCACGGAUUCGACGUGAGGUUAUUCUCCAUUGAUUAUGAAGUCUAUUAAUUGCCAAUUUGGGCAGAUUUUUUCUAGGGCCAUUUUCGGUUGAUUCCAAAGGAGUACGUACCAACAAAGAUUUUAAGCGAUUUUUUGAAAUGUCAUUUUCCUUGCAUUUUGAAGGUGACAUAUCAGGAAUUCGGUAUGAGGCUAUUAUUAGCCGAUGAUUAAGUCUAUUAAGCACCAAAUUGGGCGAAUUUUUCCGGGCAUUUUUCGGCAAAUUUCAAAGGGGGUACCAUCACAAAUUUCAAACGAUUUUUUCCGAAAGACCAUUUUCUUUGAAAUUUGAAGACUACAGAUAACGGAUUCGACCUAAGUUAUUCUUCACCGAUGAUGAAGGCUACUAAUAACAGAUUUGGGCGGAUUUUUUCCAAGGUAAUUUUUGGCAGAUUCCAAAAGGGUACCAUCACAGAUUUCAGUCGAUUUUUUCGAAAGACAAUUUUCUUUCUAUUUAUAAGGCUAUAGAUAGCGCAUUUGGCGUGAGAUCAUUUUCCGAGGAAAUUUUUGGCAAAUUCCAAAGAUGAAUAACAGAAUUCGACAUAUUUUUUUCCAAAAGACCAUUUUAUUCGGAUUUUGAAGGCUAUAGAUCACGAAUUCGGUCCGCGGUUAUUGUCCACCAAGGAUUAAGUCUAUUAAACACCGAUUAUGGCAGAUUUUUUCCAGGUUCAUUUUUGUCAGAUUCUAUUUUCGAAAGGCCGUUUGGUUUGGAUUUAGAAGGCUAUAGAUCACAGAUUCGUCCUGUGGCUAAUCUUCACCGAUGAUUAAGUCUAUUAACCACCAAUUUCGUUGGAUUUUUUCCAAGGCCAUUUUUGGCUGAUUCUAAAGUGUUACCAUCACAAAUUUCAUGCGAUUUUUUCGAAAGACCACCUUCCUUAUAUUUUGAAGGCUACAUAUCACUGAUUCGAUCUGAGGCUAUUAUCCACCGAUGAUGAAGUCUAUUAAUUGCCAAUUUGGGUUGAUUUUAUUCAGAAGGCUAUUUCAUAAUUUUUUGUACGAUUUUUCGAAAAGUCAUUUUCCUUAGAUUUUGAAGGCUACAGAUCAUGGAUUCGGCUUGAGACUAUUUUUGCCUCGUCCCAAAAACAAGGGAAAGGAAAAGAUGGCCAGGUACCAAGGCUACCUUUUGCCAUUGGACGGUAGAAGCGACAACCUUCGCCCUGAGAGUAUGGUAGAUCCGCUCCGGUGGCAUCAUAUUGAAAGCAUGAGAUCCACCCAGCCGCGUCUAGCUAGGACGUUAAACGAAGUGUAUGUUGGGAGGCAACCAAUGAUGGUUUGUUUCCUUUUCCCUUGGGCCGUGUUUGUGAUUGAGUAUGAGUCGUUUGAUUGAGUCAAGAGAGAGCCCUGUGCCCAAAUUUGUCAUUUUGGUCUUUUAAUGUUUGGUUUUGAGUUUGGAGCACAGUUGCAUCGAAAAUAGUAUGAUUUAGGUCAAAAGUGGGUCAUUUUAUGGGUUUUGUCCACCGCACGGCCUGGUGGGCAAUUCGCACAGUUAAACCGUGCACACCACACCUAACUAGGUCAUGAAGUCGGCCAAAGGCCCUGGAAAUUCACACAGUUUCUUGGCCUUAGUGCUACCACACAGUCAUACCGUGCGGUAGCCUGUGUGGCCGUGCAAAUAUCCCAAAUGAUUGCACGACUUGCGGGCAUUUGCAGGGACUGGAAGCCGUGAUAUCCAUCACGGUUGUGCCGUCGUCCAUCCUCCCUAUAUAUUGGUCGCGCGGUCUCUAAUCGUGCAUUGUUCGCCAUUUCUCGUUAGAUUCUGGAAUUCUUCGUCGGAAACCUGCUUCUCAUACUAUUUUUCAACAAAUUUUAAAGUUUUUAUUUUAUUUCUGAGUGAUAUCUAUGAGAAACAAAUUUUCAAGUUUCAAGCCUCCAUUUUCAAAACCAAAAGCAUACCCAUAAUUUUCUCACUUAAGCGUCCCUUCGCGGAAAGUUUGAGGGAUUUUUAGGCACUAUUCUUUGCAGGCGGAGAGGCUCCGUCGACUCCUCCGGCCGUUUCUAAGCAUUUUCUCGUUUUCCUCACCUUCUCCAUCGUGUCUACUUAAUUGAUCUCCCAUAUGUGUUUCAUUACUUCUUCAUAAUAGGUAUGGCUAUAUCUAGGGUUAUAUGCACCAGUUGUCACUUAAGUACAACUUAUGUUGUGCGUUCACCACCACCUAACUUAUUUUUUAUUGCAACUAAACCAUGUAUGUCGAAUUUCGAUUGCAUUGUCACUAUUUCUAUCUCCAUACUUAAUGGGUAGGAACCUAAAUGGUUAUUAUCUGUGUCACGCUGACAUUUCAUAUUAGCACAGAUAAUGUCUGUUGAGUCAUCUUCUCAUCUCCUUCCUCGCGCUCCUUUCCAGCUUCAUUUCCUUAUUUUAUCUUUUUCCCGGCAGGAAGAAUGAUAACGACAACAACGGAAGGGCAGCGUAGUGAUGGCAAUUUCAACCCGCCCCGCGGGUAUUACCCGACCUGACCCGCAGUAGCGUGGGGCGGGGCAUGGGUAUCUACUUCCGACCCGCCCUGCCCCGUCCCGCCCCGUUCUAGACUCAUUUUUCUCAAUUUCUUACAAUAUCUAUACAUAUUUCUCCUAUUUUGGCUUUUCUUCAACUAGUUAGAGUCGAUCUUUCAACUUGUUAGGCUCAAUUAUCCAUUCUAUUAUCAAUAUUUUUCAUUCUUAAAGUGUUUUUCCCUACGUUUUAUUGUAAAAAGUAAAAUUUACUUGUAUUUUUUUUGAACAACAUGUAAGAUUGGGUCGACCCGCCCCGCCCCGUACCCGCGCGGGUUUUACCCGCCCCAACCCGUAGUAACGUGGAGCGGGGCAUGAGAAUUGAGGUACCCGCCCCAUUGCCAUCACUAGGGCAGCACCUCCAUCUCCCACAUGCAUCCUCCGACUUCAACAAGUACAAUUAACUCCUCUCUCCCCCCUCCCCAUCCCCCACCCCAAACCGAUCACAAAAACUGGAAACUUUGGGCUCCCUUGGAAAUGUACACUAAAUUUCUCAACUUUAGAGCUAUCAACAGAUGAAUAAAAUUCAACUCUCAAUUACAAUUGUUGGGUUCCUCCCAAAUUAAUUCAAUUGUAUCAACUAAAACUCUAAAAGUAAAAAAUCACAGUUGUCUUACCUUAGGGCUGCCCAACUUAUGAAAAUUGGCCUCUUUCACCAUUUUUCGUUAUUAAAUAAUGAAUUGCCGUCACCUUGUACUCUACUCCUCUUCCCCGAAUCUGCAUCAAUGAUCACACUCCCUCCUCCUUCAUCGCCUGAUUCAUCCUACGGGAGUGAAAGUCCAGACGAAAAAAUCUUGUACGGAACCAGAUCGAGGAACCGGCGCUUGCCCCCUCUCACCUCCCUCUUCUUCUUCUUCUCUUUGCUAGAGGAUUCGAGGAGCUCUCUCCUCUCAACAGGGAAAACAAAGGAAAAAUGAUUGAGGGCGUCUGCUGCUAUCAUAGCUGGGCCUCUGCAGAGAAAAAUGAAGGAAACGAUGAAGACAGAAGUACCUUUUGAGCUCUGCCCCAAAGCCCUUCCCUUCCCUUUUGCUAUUAUACUCUCUGUUUCUUCUCCUUUCUUUGAAUCUCUUUUCUCGUAUCCCUUUGCAAAAAGGUUCUUCUCCCCCUAGUUUUCCACUGCCCCUCAUCCAUUUUAACAUAAUAGAAGCCUCCCCUGCCCGUCUCUUUUCCCUAGCUUCCUCUUGAUCUGAACAUCAAACCUCCCUUUGUCUCUAGGGAGGCGAUGGUCGUGCUUCGCUGGCGCCUUCACCAUAACAACAAUAAUUUAUUCUCCAUAGCGCCAAUUAUUGCGGUGACCCGAUGAGGUACCAUCUGGAGCUGGUUGUUGAAGGGAGCGAUGGAAUAAUGAAGAACUAGAGAGAAGAUUGUUUUUAGAUCUAGAAAGGAAAAUGACAUAGACCCUAUUUUGUUUGAGUAGGUUGGUUCGUGGGUUGGGAUGGUUCAAAAUUUAGGUUGGGCUGAGUUAGAUGACAUGGCGUGUUUUAAUGACGUGGCAUGUCACAUUUCAUUAAUUUCAGGUUAAAUUAGGCUGACUAGGCAAUUUCGUCUGCCACGUUAGCACAUAACGGUUUUCACUAACGAAGAUGGAUGGAGACUAACGGAGAGUGACCAAAUUUGAACUGUUUUACUAAAUCUAGUGACCAGGAAUGGAAUUAAAUAUUUCUAGUGACCAAACAUGAACGUUUAUUGUAUCCCAUUGACCAACCUUGCAAUUUACCCGAUAACUUUUCGGAUAAAAGCGCUAGAACUUUUGCUACCCAUAUCCCCCUACAAGUCAACGCCAUUGGCGCCAACCUCCUCGUUGAAGAACAUUUCGGAGAACCAAAUACCAAUAUCCUCCGAUAGCUUCAAAAAAGGUUGAAGGCGGAGCCUACACCUUUCCUGAUGUCGUCGUUGUCAUCGUUAGGGCUGCAAAUGAGCCAAGCCGCUUGCGAGCAACUUGGCGAUCGAAUCCGGAAAAACUCGUUCGACACUCGGCUCGUUAUUUAACAAAUCGACUCGUGAGAC